GCCGAGCCUUUCGUGUACACCACGUGCCGGGGACGGAACCGGGCAGCCUCCGUGUGUGACAACUGCCUGCGCAGGAGUGCAAAACUUCAAGCGUUGCUCCCAAUGCAAGUUUGCCAGAUACUGCAAUUCACUCUGCCAGAAAAAAGCUUGGAAAGACCAUAAAAGAGAGUGUUUGUGCCUGAAGAGCAUCUCACCAAAUGUUCCUACUGACUCUGUCAGGCUUGUCGCUAAAAUUAUCUUUAAACUGCUUGAACAACCAGACUGCACAUCAGAAGAACUGUAUUCAAUAAAUGAUCUUCAGUCACAUUUCAAAGAUCUGAAUGAAGACAUGAAACAAGGCCUGGGGCAUCUCGCAGCAACAUUAGAGCAAUACCUAAAGAAAGAAAUCCCAGACUCUUCCAAGCUCCCACCUGGAUUCCAGACACUUGAGUAUUUCUGCAAAUUUCCGACCUGUAUCCCACACUGGGAAGAAUUCACAGUUAUUCUUCCUCAUAUUGAUUACAGUAGGAAUCCACUCUGUCGACUUGUCUUCUACGUUGUGGAAGAUAAAACAUGCUCCGUUUAUUUCUGUGGGAGUUACAAGAACAGCCAACUGACCUGUAACAGCUUCACCAUCAGCGAUGGAGAGAUGCAGGACGUUGGUGUUGGCCUGUAUCCCAGCAUGUCCCUGUUAAAUCACAGUUGUGACCCAAACUGUGUGAUCGUCUUUGAAGGAACACGCCUGCACCUCCGCACAGUGAAGGAAAUACCACAGGGGCAAGAGCUCACCAUAAGUUACAUUGAUGUGAAGAUGCCAUCACACAUGCGUCAGCUGCAGUGCCAGCGCCAAUACUGCUUUACCUGUGAUUGCGAUCGCUGCGUGUCAAAAGAUAAGGAUGAAGACAUGUUGGCAGGAGGUGAGGAGGCAUCAAGAGAAAUGGAACGUUCACUUACAACACUGGAAGAGAUGCGUUCCCAGAACAAUUUAAUGGAAGCGUUAACCCUAUGUAAGAAGCUGAUCAACUGCAGCCAAUUGCCAAAUAAGAAUAUCCAUCAGCUUAAGGCUCUUGACUUUGCUAUGGAUCUCUGCAUUAAUCUUGAAAUGUGGGAAGAGGCCUUGCAAUUUGCCUUACGAACUUUAGAGCCAUACAGCUUCUACUACUUAAAUUACCAUCCGGUACGGGCUGUUCAACUAAUGAAAGUGGGCAAGCUUCAGCUUCAUCUUGGCAUGUUUCCUGAAGCUAUGACAACACUUAAGCAGGCAUUUGAGAUCAUGAAAGUAACACAUGGAAGAGACCAUGGUUUGACGCAGGAUUUGAUGGAGCUAUUAGGAGAAUGUGAGAUGAGAAUGAAAGCAACAUAGAGAAAAAAUUGAUAUUUCAUCUUGUACAAAAUAGUAUUCUCUCUAUUGCUACCUACCUUAUUAGAUUGCAUUACAUAUGUACUUUUAGGUUACGUAAAUUUACCAAAAUAUGAUCCAUGGCCUUCAAUAUUGUGUUAUAAAUA